CCGGAAUGGGAUGGAAGAUGUUAUGGAGGCGCGGCGCACACAUAACAAAGGCGCAAAAGCAUCAAAAAAUGAAAUGCAAACAUAACGUUUUUAGCGCGAUGCAAACGGCAGAAGCAAAGUUAGAGUAGAGCACGAAGCACAAGUUGGACAAUCUGGAAGCAAAAACGGGCCCAUCGUCAUCAGUCGUAAAUUCGCCUCGGAUGGUAACAGAUGUGACCUCGUGGUUAGUGUGAAGCGCCAAAUAUAAAAUCAUCGCGGUUCUGUGAGUGCACAGCUGCUGGAAGAGUUUCUCUGGGUCAUCUCUAAUGCAUGGUAUAUGGCUAGUGUGAGACAACGGGAACGAGCGAGCUAAUUUAAAUUGCUGUAUCUCCGCGUCUGGCGUCUUGUCUGCCGGGCCCUCUCUCCCCAGAAUUGUCACGCUUAUUCGAAAAACAACUCAGAGUAAAAGAAAAACGCUGAAAAAUAAAUAACAAAGCUGGACAAUGGUUACGAUAAGUGAGCUGCUAAUUGCAGUUUUGGUGGGAUUUCUAAUCUAUCGCGUCUAUCGGUACAUGUUCGAGCGACCUUCGAGCCAUUUCCCCCCGGGACCUCCUAGGUUGCCGCUGCUUGGCGGAUACCCUUUCCUGCUGGCCUUGAACUACCGGCAUCUGCACCAGGCAGCGGCCAAGCUAAGCCAGCUCUACGGAAGUAAACUGAUAGGCCUGUACCUGGGACCACUCCCAGCGGUCAUCGUGAAUGAUUACAACACCGUCCGGGAUGUGCUGACCAGAUCGGAUUUCGAUGACCGCCCGGAUCUGUUCAUGGCACGGCUUAGGGACGAACAUUUCCAGCGAAGAGGUAUCUUUUUCACCGAUGGCGAAAGCUGGCGUGAGCAGCGCAAGUUUUUUGUGAAAACAUUGCACCAGUACGGAUUUGGUCGACGGAGUCCCGAGGUGGAGCAAGAUUUACAAAAUGGAUUGGAAGACCUUCUAGAUUUACUACGGAAUGGUCCAAAGCAUGGCCACGAGCAGGAAUUGGUCGAUAACGAAGGAUACGCCCUGUGUCCAACGGUGUUCUUUGCGCUGUUUUCGAACGCCAUGCUGCGGAUGUUGAUUGGAGCGCGACUUGCUCGUGAAGAUCAAGGAGUUCUGUUUGACGUUGCCAAACAUGCCAUCGCCUUUCAUCGUCACGGUGACGACUACGGGAUGAUGUUGAGUUACAUUCCCUGGAUCCGACAUCUGUUUCCCUUGGCUUCCAAAUACGAGCUUCUGCGUGAAGUCAACAGGAAAGCGAACGCUGUAGUGCUGAGUUUGGCACAAAAAUGCGAACAAAGCUAUGACGAGAACGAUAUUCGUUGCUUCGUGGAUGCCUACAUCAAGGAGAUCAGAAAGAAUGGCAGUGCAGCUUCAACGAAUAAGGAGGAGUUCGGAUUUCAGUACGAUCAGUUGGUAAUCGGCGUAGCUGAUUUUUUGGUGCCCCCACUUUCUGCAAUUCCCGUCAAAACUUGCCUAAUAUUGGAGCGUCUGAUCCAGUUUCCCGAAGUGCAGCAGAGAAUGUACAAUGAAAUCAACGAAGUCGUCGGAUUGAAUCGUCUUCCAACACUGGAUGAUCGCACCGAACUACCCUACUGCGAAGCCGUUAUUCGCGAAGGCCUACGUAUUGAUACGCUGGUACCGUCAGGAAUUCCACAUGUUGCUACCAAAGACACUGAUUUGAAUGGUUAUAAAAUACCGAAAGGAACUGUGAUUGUCAACUCUCUAGAUUACAUCCACCACCAGGAAGAUAUUUUUAAAAAUGCUCACAGUUUCAAUCCGGAACGUUUUCUUUCCCCAGACGGUAAACUCAGUUUGGAUCAAGACAAAUCGAUGCCGUUUGGGGCAGGCAAACGAACCUGUGCAGGCGAUCAAUUCGCCCGAAACGCUCUCUUCCUAGCGAUCACAGCGAUUGUGCAAAACUUUACCUUCCAGCUACCGGGCGGUCGAACGUGUCCUGAUCUCGAAGCUCGAGAAACCGGCGUUAUACGGAACUCUCCUGAUUUCAAACUAAAAUUCGUUUGCCGUCGUUAGUAGCAGUGUUAAGCUUAAUUAAAAAUUAAUAACAACCGUAUGUAUGUAGAAUAGUCAUCAACGCAGUGCACAAUAACAACCAAUCGCACCAUCUCUAGAGAAAAGAAGUGUAAUAAAAAUAAACGUAUUUUAUGAUCCCAACCAUCAACAAUGAGAGACCAAAAAAUAAAGAUUAUUUAACGCUAUCGGGCGGGUCAUUGAAGACGCAAAUAAAGUGUUUUAUUUAUGUUCCAAA